UGCAACCUUGCCAUGUUCCUCAUGCCAGGGGGAACCUGGGCCAGGUGGCGGAAGAUGACCAAGUUACUGAGCCAGUGGGGGAUCCAGCCACUGCCCCAGAUAUCAAAUAUGGCCUCCUGGCCACGUUGCCCACCACCCCUGGCUCUGCUAGGACAGAGGACCCCUGCUCAGGGACAAGAAGGGCCACAAUCCCUGCCCCUAGACAGAAAUUUUGCAGGGGCAGGGACCUACUCUACUCUGCCAUGAGACCUGCCCCCCCCAAGAUGGAGGGGUGAAGGGGCCUCAGAGCUGAUGAGUCAGGAUCUGGCACUUGGCUGGGGUGUGAAGACUGAGAAGCCCCAGGUUUCUAACUUGCAGGGCAUGGAGUUUCAGAGCGACAGGGCAGGCUGGGCACAGGCAGGACCAGUAUAGCAGGUUCAGGUCAGUGCAUUGACUCUGGGGACAGUGACUGGGCUGGGAGUAUAAUAGGGGUUUUGGUGCCACAACCUUCAACCACCAGGCCUUGGAUUCCAAGGCGCUGGUACUUAGCCCUCCAGGCCUAGCUUUGGGCAGGACCCUGGGCUAGCUGCUCUCAGGCGUAGAGGCUGCGCCUACAGCUGGCCGGCCCAGGGUGCAGGCCACAACACCUUAUGGGGCGAAGUGAAGCUCCUCCUGCAGGCUGGGGCUUGCUCAGGCUAGAGAUAGGUAACAGGGGAGAUUCUUUAAUUUUUUAAUUUCCAAAAAGUGCAUAAGCACAUGUUAUGGCUGCAAAGUCCAUAACACUGUUUUAUGGGUAUAUGAGUCACUGCAGACUGGGCCACUGAUGCCCACAGAGCCCAGAUGUCUUGUCCCAGAGGCUAACACUGCCUUCCAUUACUGCUAUCAAAGCCCAGCUGACCACUAUUCCCCUGCUUCAGGGUAUACUUGCAGACACAAAGGAGAGCAUGAAUCUUAAAUGUCCAUAGAAAGUUAAUAGAUAAAAGCUGUGGUCAGAAUGUUUUAAGCCUUGUUUACUGAUUCCUUCCACAGAAAUUUUAGUGCCCUCUUCUGUGCCCUGUGGACACAGCAGGAGAGUGUCCAGCCUACGUGGGGUCCACAUCUUAUGGGCGAGGCAUGCACUCACCUGAACAAACAUUAAAUUAGGAGGGCCAUGGAAGGGUCAUCAGAGAAAUAAAUUUAGGAAGGGCAGGCAGGGAGUGCAGGAGUGAGGGGUCAGUCAAGCCUCGAUGGCAGGACAAAAAGGUAGCCAGGGAGAAGGACACUGAACAUUCUGGGUGGGGUUCUGGCUUCACCCCAGAGAUCUGAGUCCAGAGUCUGGGGCCAGGCAUAGUCUUCUGUAUGUUUAAGGAGAACACCUGAUGAGCCUGGCAAGGGGCCUAAGGGCCAGGCCCAAUUGAUGGCCCAUAUCACCUUUGACCCUGCUUAUUUCUGGGUGCUCUGUCUUUGGCCCAGUCCAGAUGGGCACAGUGGCUUGGACAAGAGCCCACCUAACUGUUUCACAGGUGUUACCUAGGGACACAUGCCACUCCCCUGCCCAGGUGUUUGGCCCACAGCAGAAAGCAACUGCCUGUCGGUGGGGGUCAGCCAGCGCAAGGGUAAUGGGGGAUGCCUGAGACCCUGGUCCUGGGCCAGGCUCAGAGACCAUCAGAUGAAGAAGGACCCACAGCCCAGGGCCUGGGGCAGCCUGAGGAGCCUGUGAGCAACAGCUUGCUGCUGGCCGGCAGGUCCAGUUCCUCUAGGCUCACAGCCCUCAUGGGCCAACACUCAUUUCAUGGACCCUGAGAGCACGGGCCUGGGCAAGAGGCCUAAGUCAAAGCUAAGGGAGGGACCGUGAGGCUACCAGGUGGGGUAAAGCUAAGCCGAGCCCCUUAGGCAAGGCCAGGCUGGGACCCUGGUGGAGUAAGGACCCCGUUGCGGUUAUGCAGGGUCUCACUCGGCCUCAGGUAGGAGCAGGAACAGAAGGUUGGAGGCCCUGCCCUCUGCCUCUCCCAGCAGGUUGGAUGUGGAUGGACCCAGCCCGGGAUGGAUCCCAGGGGCCUCGGCCACACACAGCCAGUGUCCAUGUACGUGAGCUGAGUUGGCAGGGCCUGCACAACCCCUGCCCACAGAGCAGGUCCCUGGGCAGCCAUGGGGACAGCUGCAGGGAGCAACUGUUGGAGCACCUGUCCCCUGCUCGACUGCGGGUCCUGGCCCAGGUGGACAACCUCCAGCUGGUGCGGGUGCUGGAAAUGUGUGUGGACACCCGUGAGAGCAGCCUGGGAAACUUCGGAGUCCACCUGCCCAACCUGGACCAGCUGAAGUUGAACGGCAGCCGCCUGAGCUCCCUCAGAGACCUCGGCACCUCUUUGAGCCACCUGCAGGUGCUGUGGCUAGCUCGCUGUGGCCUGACAGACCUGGAUGGCAUUGGCUCCUUCCCCGUGCUAAAGGAACUCUACGUCUCCUACAAUGACAUCUCGGACCUGAGCCCACUGUGCCUGCUGGAGCAGCUGGAGGUGCUGGACCUGGAAGGCAACAGCGUGGAGGACCUGGGGCAGGUGUGCAGCCUGCGGCUGUGCCCGCAGCUCACCACACUCACCCUGGAGGGCAACCCGGUGUGCCUGCAGCCAGCCCCUGGACACUUCAACAAGGCACCCCAGGAUUACAACUACAGGGUGGAGGUGAGGAAGCUCAUCCCCCAGCUACAAGUGCUAGAUGAGGUGUCCACCAUGCACACUGACCUGCCUGCCACCCAGGAGCUGAGCCAGGACUGGCUCAUAGUGAAGGAGGCCAUCAAGGAAGGCCGAGUGCUGGACAGUUUCCUCCCCCGACAAGAUGUUUCCCAUGGAGCCAUUAUCCGGAGACUUGAUCCAGCAUUCUCCCUUCCUGAGACCCAGCCCUGGGCCCUGUCCCUGCUGGUCCCUGGGGGCGUCCUGCCAGAACGCCUGCUUCCCAAGGACAUGGCCCCAGAAGACCACACCAGCAGCCUCACUCAUGGUGCCGGCCAAGUCCUCUGCGGGAACCCCACCAAAGGCCUGUGGGAACGCAGGCGUCAGAACCAGGACUGGGCACCCUUGGAACAGCUACUUCCAUUCAAGUCACAUCUGGCCACCAGCCCCUCCACCCCAGGGCCUGGCCCUGCGGACACCUGUGACCUCCUAACUGUGGUGGGGCUUCAGGCCUGGAGGGAGCUUGGCCUGUGUCCCCAGCCCCACAGGCAGACGGAGUCCCAGCAGGAAGGAGCUGCAGCCCCCCGGGACCCAUGGAGGGCCCCUGAAGAGCAAGAGGACCAGAUUGGACCCAAGACUGUCCCUAGUCCCAUGAGCCUGGCCUCAGGUACUUUCCCCACAGAGCAUUCCAGAACCGUGGGAUUUCACCUGAUCCCUUCUGCUCCCAAGUGCCCAAUGCCACCUGACUCUGGAAGCAGCUCCCCCAGGGGGUCUGCAGUCCUGUCUUUCAGAGGGCGAAGGCUCAGAGCACUGGACAGCCUGUGUGGGAGCCCUGGAGGUAACCUCAGGCCUCAGUGCUUGAGCCCAGGGGUACCCAGACCCAAAGCCAACAGGAGACCCAGCAGCCAGACAUCCAGGCCUCUGCUACCUGCUCCACCUGAACCCUAUCACCCCCACCCACUCCCUCCCUUAGUGUAAGCCCCCACCAACUGCCAGGUUCACCUGGACUGGGGCCAAGGGGUGCCAGUGAGGUCAUGGGAGCCCCAGAAGGACUCUGUCUUCAUAGACCCUGGAGCAUCUAGGCAGGUGUGGGGAUGGAGGGUGGGUUUGGCCCUGAAGAGGCCCCUUUUGGUGCAGAGAGGAACCUGAAGUUGGGACCAGUCCGCAGGUAUCAGAGGCCAGAACAGACAUUAGGUCCAGGUAGGGAGAGCCCAAGCUCCCCAUCACUGCUCAGCUGCCCACCCUUGCAUGGGGCCUAGCCUUCCCAGGAGAAAUGGUCAAAGGGGCAGGCCUGGUAAGAGGCAGACUGGGCUAGGCGGCAGGACCUGGAGCUGGGCUCUCCAGGAGCCUCAGGGCUGCGAACCACUCUCUCCACUGAUGCAGCCCAGGGUCCCACCUGCUUGCCCUAGGCUGCUAUGGGCAAAGCCAGGCCUCCCAUCCCUGGUGGAUUUGUGGGGUUUCCCUUGAGAAGCUGGGAGGUGCAGGUCCCUCCUCUGGGGGCAGGAUGCCCCAAAAAACAAGAGAAUCAUUUUCGACUUUCAGGUUUACAGAAAUGCAGUUUACUUUGUAGGCAACAUUGGUUCAAUAAAUUAUGCAGCUGGCA